AUGGAUAUUGGUAUUCGUUUAACAGGUAACCAUCGUGAUUCUCUUAUAGCUGAUCUUAUUGCUGAAGAAAGGGAUAUUCUUAAUGCUGGACAUAUUGAGGGUAUUAAUUUAUAUCAUUUUCAUGUUCGUCGACAGCGUAAUCAUCGAUCUAAACGUUCACUUGAUGAAACAAUUGAAGAUUUAAAACGAGACGAACGAAUUGAAUUUAUAACUGUGGGUAAACCAUUAAUAAGACAAAAACGUGAAUUUGAAGAUAAUGAUAGAUUGACAGAAGUUUUCAAAGAACAUCACCAAUCAAUUAAUUCUGAAACAGAUAAUUUGAAAUUAGAAAUGUCAUUUGAUGAUGUAUUAUAUAGUAAACAAUGGUAUUUGGAAAAUAAAGGUCAAUUAGGUACACCAUCUAAUCAUGAUCUUAAUAUUGCACCAGCUUGGCGUGCUGGAUAUUGUGGUAAAGGUAUAACAAUUUGUAUUGUAGAUGAUGGGCUCGAUCAUCCACAUCCAGAAUUAGCUGAUCAUUAUCAACCUCAGUUCAGUUAUGAUUUAAAUGAUCUUAAUGACCUUAAACAUGAUCCAGUUCCACGAACAUAUGAUGGUCAGAAUAAUCAUGGUACUCGAUGUGCUGGAGCAGCAAGUGGUAAAGCAAAUAAUGAAAUAUGUGGAGUUGGUGUUGCAUAUUGUUCAAAUAGUGCUGGUAUUCGAGUUCUUGAUGGACGUGUUACAACAUUACUUGAAGCUCGUGCUUUAACAUUAUUUGCGGCUGAUAUACAUAUUAAAAGUGCUUCAUGGGGACCAACUGAUGAUGGAACGAAACUGGAAGCACCUGGCGCUUUAGUUAAUGAAGCUCUCAAUUAUGGUGUUACGAAAGGACGUCAUGGUAAAGGUUUGAUAUAUGUUUGGGCAGCUGGUAAUGGAGGUGGAGCUGGUGACGAUUGUGGUGCUGAUGGUUAUGUAUCACAUCAUAAUGUUAUAUCAAUUGGUUCAAUUAAUCAUUUAGGUAAAUCAACAUAUUUCGGUGAACGUUGCACAUCAACAAUGGCUGUUGCUUAUACCGGUGGUAAACAUUCAAAAUUACCCGAUGAAACAACGAUGCCAAUAGGUGUAGUUGCACCUGAUGUUGGUGGAAAAUGUACAACAAGUUUUUUUGGAACAUCCGGUGCCGCACCAGUUGCAGCUGGUGCAUUUGCAUUAGUACUGGAAGCUAAUUCUGAAUUAGGUUAUCGUGAUUUAAUGCAUAUUGUUGCUCGAACAGCUCGAAUACCGACUUUAUCUGAAACUGAUGACUGGAUUAUCAAUGGAGCUGGUUUUCAUGUUAGUGAUAGAUUUGGUUUUGGUGUAUUAGAUGUUGGACAAAUGACAUCUUUAGCACAAAAUUGGACUAAUGUGCAAUCAAGAUAUGAAUGUUAUCAUGAAUCUAAACGUGUUCCUCGUGAAUUAAAGAUUGGUAGAACUGUUGAAAUAUCAAUUAAUGUUAAAGAAUGUGAAAAUGUAUCAAGUAUUGAACAUGUAGUAGCUAAUCUUUCAUAUAGUUUUCAUCGUCGCGGAGAUGUUAAAAUUACACUUAUAUCACCAAGUCUGACACCAUCAGAAUUGAUUUCAUAUCGUGAUAAGGAUGCUACAAAUAAAAGUGUAGAAUAUUUUCCAUUUAUGUCAGUUCAUUGUUGGGGUGAAUCUCCAAUUGGUCGUUGGACAUUACGUAUGGAAACUCGUGACCCAGAAAAUAAGGAAUCAAUAAAAUCAGCUUUAGAAUAUGGAGAUGUAGGUGAAUUAAGUUAUUUUGGUUUACGUAUUUAUGGUUCAAAUAGUCCUGAUGAUCAAAAUCAUGAAAAAUCAAUGAAACGAGAACAUCGUUUUUCUUUUGUUCCAACACAAAAUGAUAUUGAAUUGAUUUAUAAACGUGAAUUUGCUGCACGUACGUCACCAAAUAUUAUGCAAAAACGUCAUUAUCAAAAUUUUAUUAAACAACGACAAAUUCAAAAACAACAGGAAAAAAAUAAAAUUCAACAAGAUCGAUCAUAUUUUGGGUUUUUUCGCCGAAUGUUUGGUUUUUAA